AUGGCGGGGGCCCCUCCUGCUGGGAAGACCCGCCGAGGAGGACCCCAGGCUGGCGGCGGCGGCGGCGGAUCUCUGCCCGCCCGGCUGCUGCUGCUGCUGGUGGCGGUGCGGUUAGCUGCGCCGGAGAUGCUGCGGGGCGGCCCCGAGGAGGACGUGGGUGCCACCUGGGGCCCCCGGAACCUGCGUUGCCACAAGCCGUGCUGCCGAGCGACCUUCCUCUGCCUCCUCACCUGCUCCUGGGAAGCCGGGAAGAGCCCCGGAGCCGACCACACCCUCUACUUCUGGUACCACGAGGAAGAGACCAAGCAGAAAAAAUGGGCCUUCCAAGCUGGGAAAAACACCUUCUUCCAGCUGAACCAGGAUAGAGUGUAUGCUCUGAAGAACGCCACCAUCUGGGUGGAGAGCCGGGUCCCUGGCGGCCCACGGCUCACUUCGGAGAAUCUGACGCUGCAGAUCAGCGAAGCCCUGAAAUUUGACCCCCCUCCCAGCGGGUCCAUCCGCCUGUCUAGAUCAGGGAGCAUCCUGACCCUGACGCUGCCGGACCUGCACGACUGCCGCUCCUCCCCCAUGAAGAAAGAAGCCAGGGUGAGGCCCAGGGGGGGCACAGCGUGGACUCUGGCAGGACCACUCCCCAAAGCUGGGGAGAGCAUCACUCUGUGCAGCUCUGAGCGAGGGCCGGUCCUGCAGCCCAGCCGGGCACCCGCAGCAGCAGCCAGCCGCCUCCUGAUGCUGAGCGUUGCCUUUCAGGGAAACUGCAGCUCUGACGAGGACGACCGAGCCACACGGAGGCUACAGGUCACCUGUUACCUGGGGGAAAACCUCCGCUACGAGGUGCAGGUCCGGUACCAAACCUCCCACUGGAGCAGUGACUGGAGUGACUGGAGCGGAUCUGUCUGGGUCCCGGCAGAAAUCCUCCAAAGCCCGAAGGUGAACGUCACGGUGGAGCCCCUUCUUGGGCAGGACGGCCUGAGGAACGUGACCCUGGAGUGGGAGAAGCCCAGCGUGGAGCAAGGAGACGUGAGCUACAGCCUGACGCUGGUUCUGCUGCCUUGUGCCUGUGAAAAGGACCAGGACACCUUCCAGUUCCAGGAUGGAACGCAGUUCGCGAUUGACAUCUCUGGGGCCGGAUAUCACGUGUCCCUGGUGCCGUUCAACAAGGCGGGAGCUCCUUUGGCCACCUCCUUUCUGCUCCCACCGGCCCAAGACGCAGCCCCAGGGGCCGGCUUCCUGAACCUCAGCCUGGCAGGGGGGCGCUUCACUCUGGAGUGGGAAGCCCAGGCGGACGACGUGGAGUUCUACUGCCUGGAGAAGCAGCAGCUGGGGCAGACCCCAACGCGGCGGGAGCCUUGUGUCGAGGAGGCGCAGGCCGCCCGCUCAGGGGCGGUGGAGCCCAACAAGUGUUACCGCCUGGCUGUGCACGGCUUUCUGCCUGAGCGGGGAAGCUGGGCCACGCUGGGAUUCACACACCUUUUCUCCAGAAACGCUUCUCUCGAAGACUCCAUCCGCAUCAAGGUGACCAGCCAAAGCGACUCCGUGGUCGUCCAGUGGGAGCCCCCUCAAGACCUCGCCGCCUGCCCAGGCGCCCUGAAGAAAUACGUGAUCUGCUGCCGAGCCCUGCAGGACAGCGACGUCAUGUACUAUGAAGCCAACGCCUCGGAAACACACUACACCAUCCAGGGCCUGCAGCCCAAGACCGCCUACCAGGUUGGGGUUUGGGCCUCCACCACCUGGAACGAAGGGGCCUGCAGAGCCCACCUCCUGUUUGCCACCAGCCCCCCAGAUCCCAGGCAGAAGACCGUGGCACGGACCUUUCUGUCCCUGGGGGUGCUGCUGGGGUUCCUCCUGGCCAUGGCCACCUUCCACUGCGGCAAGAAAAGGGUCAAGAAAGUGCUGUGCCCGGCGCUGCCAACCCCAGCCAACGCAGAGGCCGUUAAGAUCCUCACCUCUGCAGAGACAGCCCAGGUGAAACCCCUGCAGGACUUUCUGGAGCCCUUGGAGUCCAGCAGCCCCCCAGGACCGCUCAGCAUUGAAGUGCUGCCUGAUGAAGAGGAGGAGGAGGAGGAGGAGGAGGAGGCCGCUGCCGAGACAAGGGUGGACCCACCAGGCCUCCUGGAGGCAGCAGAAGGAGGACCCCCGUUGCCCAAGGAGGGGUGGGCGGGCUCCGACGACGCCCUGCCUUCGGAGUACAAGGGCCAAGGGCUUCUGAGCCCCCCGGAAGAGGACAGGCCCAGGGGGGGAGGAGAGGGGGCAGGGGCCUCCCCCGAAGUGGGCGCCCACUUCUCCCUCCUCCCCGCCGGCCAGGGCCUCCCUCUGGUGCCGGCCCCGCUGUCUUUCCGGCUCUGGGACCAGCUGGUGAUGCUCCAGAGCGGGGACCCGGGGGCUGGCUCCCCCUGCCCCGAGGGCGCCUCCUCGGCUGAGGGCAGGCUCCUCCUUGCUCCCCAGACUGGCCUGGCGGGCUCGCGGGUCAAGCCGGCGGGAGGGGGGGCCUCCGGGGCUUGGCUCGCCCCGGACAGGAGGACAGCGGGGAGUGGCAGAGACGACUGCAUGGACUGA